AGACAAACCCUCGCAGGACGCGUGUCGGUCAGCGUGGACCGACGCGGCCGGUGGGCUUCGAAACGCGAGCGGGAGACGUAUAUGAACCGGAGGAGGACGCCGACGAACACCCGUCUGUCUUCCUCCCUCCGAUCGCCCGUCGACGCCGUCUUCUUCUCUCUGGGUUUUGAUCGUUUCUGAAUCGUUUGGGGGAAGAGAGUCAUUUGUUAUUGGAUUCGCGGUGUUCUCUCGUGGAACUCAGUUCACCGCCAUGGUCGAUGCCAUGGGCACCGGCACGUUCCUCAUCGCUCACCACCUGCUCUACCAAAGGCCCCCUUCCGAAGAUGUGAGCUUUAAGCGGCGGCAGCUCGCCUCGUGCCGGCUGCCCGUCCCCAGCCGGCUCAUGGAUUCGACUGUCAAGUUGCUGGCUAAGGAAAAGAACCCUUCCUGGCAGAGGAUAUCCGGCGAUCUCGCUUACACAACCGAUUUCACCGGCCUGAGUCCUGGUAGGACGUGGCCUCCCGUGAACAAGGCCGACGACCCGAUGAUCCACAACCCGCUGCUCCGUCAAGAAAGGAUGGGCUGUGGUUGGCUCGCCGUGAUCUUCGAAUGGGAAGGGGUGAUCGUCGAAGACGACGACCCUGAGUUGGAGUACCGGGCCUGGGUGGCGUUGUCCCAAGAAGAAGGGAAGUCGCCGCCCCUGGCCUUCGUUCUGAGGAGAAUAGAAGGAAUGAAGAGCGAGCAAGCCAUCUCCGAGGUUCUUUGCUGGUCACGAAACCCUACGGAGAUCAGGAGAUUGGCCUCUCGGAAGGAGGACAUACGCCAAAGCUUUAAGAAUGGCGGUCUCUGUCAUCUCCGAUUCGGGUCGCGGGAGUUCAUGACUACCCUUGCGAACCACAAGAUUCCACUGGCUGUGGCGUCCACGCGACGGAGGAAGGCUCUUCAGGGCGAAAUCGAGGCUGUCGGUGCGCAGAGCUUCUUCGAGGUGGUCGUGGCAGCAGAGGAAGUGCACAGGGGGAAACCUGAUCCGGAGAUGUUCAUCCACGCCGCCCGGCUUCUGGGUUUUUUGCCGGAGCGGUGCAUCGUGUUUGGGAACUCGAUAUCAACGGUGGAGGCAGCGCGUGAAGCCGGUAUGAAGUGCGUCGCAGUCGCAAGUAAGCAGCCGGUGUACGAGCUCCGCGCAGCCGACCUUGUGGUGACGCGCCUUGAUGAGCUAUCGGUCGUCGACCUGAAGAAACUUGCAGACGUCGAGUCUCCCGAGUUGGAACCAGGAGAGGACCGGGGUGGAAGCCAAAGAUGAGGAGGGCCGACCCCAUCUUCGUCGUCGUUUUGGUGCGCACUGACGAUCUUCUAUACCUUCUGAUAGCACAGUAUGUUCAGUAAUGUUCAUUUCAAGGCCACAAUACUGUCGUUCGAUACACCUGAUCCUAUGCAUACGCUAUCGUUUCCAAAGACACCACGAGUAAUCCGUCUUCUGGUUGUCUUCCUGCUGGUUAAUGACGAGAUCUUAGAGAAGUAGUAUUCCCUGCAGCAAUGGCACAAUAACUCGCUUCUAUAUGUUGAAACGCAGCAGAGCCUCCAUUUCAGGCAGCAUCAUCAUCCUCCUCCUCCUCUCCCUGCUCCUGGAACCCGCUCGAGCAGCGGGCGCGACUCUGAAGGCUUGCCACGGCCAGCAGACAUACCUCACCCGCCUUCCGACUCCGGUCCUCUCUCUUCUGCCGUGCUCCGCCUCUUCCUCUAGCUGCCUCGUGAGCUCCUCGAUCCGCUCCCCAAGCCCAGCCGCCCUCUUGUCCGCCAGCCGCAAGGUUGCUUCUGCGGCAGCCUGAGCCGCCAUCGCGGUCUUCGCCAGCUUCUCCUUCAAGCUCAGCUUACCGUUUGCUGUAUCCAGCGCUGACUUCGUUCUCCUCAGCUCCUCUCUCAGCGAACCGACCUAGACACACGCUGUUCAAGGUAAAAGCUCAUCCACGAACAGUGCCGUCGAUCAACUCCGUCACCAGUUCACAAGACAGCAAAUAAGUAGAUGAGCGGGUGGAUCUUUACCUCCUUCUCACGCUCUACGAUUGCAGCUUUUCCAGCUUCUACCUCCAGUUCACAAGCUUCCCUCCAUCUUGCGGCCUCUUCUCCUGCUUCCUUUAUCUCGGUCGUCAGCUCUUCAACCUUCCAGGUAUCAUCAGAAAGGGAAAAUGUCAGGUGAGUUACAGCUUACGCUCGAUAUGUAAUAGAAGUGCAGCAUUACACUUUUAGCCAGCAAGAUUUGUCUCUCUUCCAGAUCUUUUAUGUACAGUUCACCCUCUAUGAUCUUCUCUUCUUGUUUAUCGACGAGAGACUGCAAAUCCUCACUCUCUGACCUGUGUUAAAACAACAAUCCAUAAAAUUGGGAGUUCUAUUCCUUCUGCA